AUGUACGCAUUGGACUUGAGCAACGUAAAAGCAGAGAAAGGCAGCACCGCCAUGCCAAGAUACAAUAUCUUCGGUGGCAUUGCAAAGACGCUUCGCAUUAUCGAACUGUGUCUCGCUCUCUUCUUCCUAUCAUGGAUCCUCACGCGCCUCCCGUUCGCUCUCCGACUCUCCGCUCAUUACCUCCGCAGCCCUCUCUUCGUCUUCGCCAUCUCCAACGCAAUCAUCGCCGCCCUCUUCGCCCAGUUCCGCCGAUUCCCCGCCGACGAACCCGAUUCCGCUGCACCGGUGACAGAGGCGAUCAGGGACACUUACUCAUGUACGGACGAUGAUUCCCCUGCUUUACAAAAUGUUCAUCGCCGGAGUGACUCGGAGAAGUUGAAAGAGAGGAACGAAACGGUGAGAGAGGAACUUCGGCGAUCGGAGACGGAGCGGGAGAAUUUUUAUCCGCAAGAUAAGCUGAGCAAUGAGGAGUUCCGGCGCACGAUAGAGGCGUUCAUUGCCAAACAAACGAGGUUGUUGCGGGAAGAGUCCUUGGCCAUUUUUGUUCAAACUUCAGAACCAACCCUCAGGAUUAGUAAUUAA